CCAAAUAGUGAGGCUUUAUGGGUUAUCUGAGGUUAUUUGUGAUGUUGUGAUGAUGAACUUGGGAUUUUACGUAAAACCAGGACCGAACUAAAAUUAGCAUUUAUUUAUGCAACAAACAGUGAGCGUGGACUUGCGUGCACGAAAAGGACCUGUAUAAAUAUUAAUUGUUAUGAUCACCAGUGACUUGUUUAUUGCAAGACCUUGGUUUAGCUUGAGCUCGAAACUGGUGCUCGCGUGUAUAUGUGCGCGCGUGUGUGUGUGAUGGCGUCAAUCCUCCCACCAGCGAUUACUGGAAUUUUGUCGGCUCGCUAAACCGCAGUGUCGCUUUCGCCAUGGCUGCGAUAGCACUCGAUAAUUUUAAUAAGCUAAUCACGCUUCGCUGAAGCUGGUUUGCGGCAGCGGCGGGCGACUAAAUGGUCUCGGAAGUGCCUGACGUACGGCCGCCGACCCAAGAUGGCGGCCAGGGCGGGGACGACCUCAUUCUGGACCUGCACCCGCACAAAGUUCACCUCAAUCAACAACAAGACGUAACCUAUAUACAAUCUUCGGAUUGCUCUAGUGAUAGUGAUGAGAAUGAACCUAGUAUGGGCUAUGAUAAUGCCCUUGCAGUGAACCCAUCCGGAAAUGACAAUAAUACACCGAAUGUUUUCGUGUCGGAUUCGAGUGAUGUUCAUGUGGGGACAAAGAACAUUUAUCAAGGACCAGUGACGAUAAAAAAGAUCGUAUACGCUGGUAAUGGUGGCGGUGAAGUGCCGGACGUGCUGCAAAAUGGCGGCGCGCUGACCAACGGGACAUUAAAAUGUGAUAAAGACACAAGUGAUAGUACAGAUAUUGAUAACAAAACGGACAAAGCCGGAGACAAAAAUGAAAACAACCUCAAGGCUCACAUUAGCAAAUUAAGAUACAACAAACCGUUGCUUAUAACAGCGAUAGUCUGCACACUUGCUAUCAUUGGAAUGAUUGCGCUGUUGUUUCUUUUACUGCGCGGUGGCAACACAUCAAACAGAUACCCGACUGAUAGCGACGAACAACUCGGCCGACCUUCAGUCGAUCCACCUCUUGAAACGCCCUUGCCGUAUAACUUGGUCACACGCACCGAUUGGGUGGCGCAACCGCCUGCCAAACCCGCGCCCCAACUGAAACAACCAACGCCCUUUGUCAUCAUCCAUCAGUCGGAUACACUCAACUGUACAACCAUCGGUGAUUGUAUAUUCUUCGUGAGAUAUCUACAGACCUAUCAUAUUGAUAGCAAACAAAUGUGGGAUAUAUCUUACAAUUUCCUUGUUGGAGGAGAUGGUAAUGUCUAUGCUGGAAGGGGAUGGACAUCUGAGGGUGCACACACCUUCAAUUACAACUCUAGGAGUAUUGGUAUAGCGUUAAUUGGUACUUUUGAAGAUUAUCUACCCGGAAAAGAACAACUAGAUACUCUGAUGAAGUUAAUUAAUUACGGGGUGGAAGCUAAGUACCUACAAGCAAAUUAUAAGCUGAUUGGGGCGCGGCAGGUGGACGCGGUGCGCAAUCCAGGCAGGGCGUUGUAUGAGGAGAUCAAAACAUGGCCCCAUUGGGUCAACAUUAAACUUUAACUCAUUA